UCACUUUCCCCACUUGCUGAUCACGAUUGCUUGACUUUUAGUGCCUAGUUACCCUUAACGGUUGCGACAAAUGGUCGAGUUACAAAUAAAAUAAUUAUUUUUAAAAUAGUUGGUGUAAAAGUCCCUUACAAAUACACCAACUACUUUGACCUUUAAUAACUUUUGAACGGGCAGACAUAGAGACUUAAUUCUUAAAGAUGAAAUCAUCGUAAUUUUUAGCUUGAUUUUUUAAGCCAAAAAUUUCGAGGGUACUAUUUCGAAGAUUGAACUUGAAAUCUCCAGUGUGCAGCCCGAGUCAAGCUCGCUGUUAUCGGUCAAACCGACCAUUUUGCAUAGAAUUUUAUUGUACCAAAUACAUUUUACUAAUGCACUUUACGCCUGUUUUUUGUCAAAUAAACAAUACGUAUUAUGCAUUGGUGAAAAUUUUAACUAAAUAUAGGUUUUUAGCCUGAAUCAGGGCUUAUGUACCCGUUAUGUCCGUCUGUCCGUCUUGCGAUAACUGUCGUAAAACUAAUCGUAGCAAUAUAAAUUAAAAUAGGAAAAAUUUUCCGAGUUUAUUAAGUUCGUGUUUUGUAAUGGUUUAUAUACCAAAAAUAAAUCACAAAAUUAUAUGCACAUCGUUCAUUACGAGUCCUGCUCUCAGAAUAAUGCCAUCUUACAAGGCUCUGCAAAAUUGUUGCCUUUUUAGCCUAAGUCAGUUCUUAUGGAACCAUCAUAUCCUUCCGGAACACGAUAGCCAAAAUGGCUGAACCGAUUUAGCUGAAAUUUUCAGAACGGGUGAGACCGUAGGGCUUGAUCAAUACAGAUUUUUCAAAAAUAUGUCACUCCACAAGUUUAAAUGCAUUUGGUACAUUACAAUUUCAUGGAAAAUGGUUGGUUUGACCGACAACCACAGAGUCUGACUCGGGCUCACUGGAGAUUUCAAGUUUAAUUUUCGAAAUAGUACUCUCGAGAUUUUUAGCUUAAAAAAUCAAUAAAAAAAUUACGAUGAUUUCAUCCUCAAGAAUUAAGUCUCUAUGUCUGCCGAUUCAAAAGUUAUUAAGGGUCAAAGUAGUUGGAGACUCAAACGCCCUUUUUGAACCAACGAUUUUAAAAUGAAUUUUUAAUUUGUAACUCGACCAUUUGUCGCAACCGUUAAGGGAGACUAACGUUACCUAGAUACUUAAAGUCAAGCAAUCGUGCUUGCUGAUCUAACUAGUAGUGAGCGAGCGAGUUCAAUGAGAUGAACUCAAACCCCAACAACGCAACAAAACUGCUCGUUUAUUUUUGAGGUCUAUUUGUACGAGUUUGUGGGCUUAUCGUCACCAGUCCCUUCCAAUUUUUCGUCAUGGUUGUACCGAUAAGCCUCUUAAAAUCCACUUUAACACAAAAACCUGCUGACAUGUUGCGGAGAUGCCUUCUUUCCACGACGAGCAACAACAAUGGGAAUAAAUUUAAAAAGGCUCUAACCUGCGCACUGUUGACAGGGACUGGCGCCGGCUCCCUCCUUUUGCUCACAGCGUUAGAAAAUUCAUUCCGCACAAAUGCAUCCGAUCUCGAACUGCACCCCACCCACCUUCCGUGGAACCAUUCUGGAACGUUUCAAGCUUUUGAUCAUGCUUCAAUCCGUCGCGGAUACGAGGUGUACAAACAAGUCUGUUCUGCUUGUCAUUCAAUGCGGUUUCUCGCCUACAGAAAUCUUGUGGGUGUGUCCCAUACGGAAGUUCAAGCGAAAAUGGAGGCUGAGCAGGUCCAAGUCACCGACGGACCGAACGAGGAAGGAAAAAUGUUCCAGAGACCUGGAAAAUUGUCGGAUCGAUUUCCUUCGCCUUAUGCAAAUGACGAGGCGGCUCGUUUUGCUAACAAUGGAGCGAUUCCACCGGAUCUCUCGUACAUUACGGCGGCACGACAUGGAGGGGAGGAUUAUGUCUUUGCACUGCUCACUGGGUACUGUAACGCACCAGCAGGGAUUCCUUUGAGGGAGGGACAGCAUUUCAACCCAUACUUUCCUGGAGGUGCUAUUGGAAUGGGACAAACUUUGUUCAAUGAGGUGAUUGAAUACUCGGAUGGUACUCCAGCAACGGCGAGUCAAUUUGCUAAAGAUGUGUCCACUUUUUUGAGAUGGGCUGCCGAGCCUGAACAUGACAUCAGAAAACAAAUGGCCCUCAAGGCGACUAUGAUGUUUUCCCUCCUGGCCAUGAUAAGCUACUACUAUAAGCGUCACAAAUGGACGGUUUUGAAAUCAAGAAAACUUGAAUUCAGGCCUCGAUCAGGAAAAUCUGACUAAUAAUCAAAGAUGUCGAAGGAAAUGGUCCGAUGUGGGAAGACAAUGAUGAUCUGGGGAUGAAUAUCUACAAAAUAUUAUAAUUUCAGACAGGUUUAAUGUAAUGUUGCGUACAGGUUUAUAACUGAUGCCUUAAUUUUUGCCAUACUAUCAUUGAAUUGUGCAGAUUUAUAAUAAAAUUGCCACAAAAUGUCAA